AAUUCCCUUACCCAGCCGAGAGAGAGCUAAAAACAAUGGCGGUUUCGACGGUAUGCACCACACAGUCUCUGAAUUCAACGUGUUCAAUCUCCACACCGGAGAAAACCCAUUUAGGUUUCCACCAAAACCAAGUAGUUUUCUAUAGGAGAACCAGCAAGAGAGGCGGCGGCUCCUGUGUGAUAACAUGCUCAGUUGGUGAUUCACAAACUGUGGUGAUCGGUUUGGCUGCAGACUCGGGAUGUGGGAAGAGUACCUUCAUGAGGAGGCUAACGAGUGUGUUUGGUGGUGCGGCCGAGCCACCAAAGGGAGGCAACCCUGACUCGAACACACUCAUUAGCGAUAUGACCACUGUGAUAUGCUUAGAUGAUUAUCAUUCACUCGACAGAACCGGAAGGAAAGAGAAGGGGGUGACGGCACUUGACCCAAGAGCCAACGACUUUGACCUCAUGUAUGAGCAAGUUAAGGCUCUCAAGAGCGGUAUUGCUGUCGACAAGCCUAUCUACAACCAUGUUACUGGUCUCUUGGAUCCUCCUGAGCUCAUUAAGCCUCCUAAGAUCCUUGUCAUCGAAGGCUUACACCCCAUGUUCGAUGAGCGUGUGAGGGAUCUCUUGGACUUCAGCAUCUAUUUGGACAUCAGCAAUGAGGUCAAAUUUGCAUGGAAAAUUCAGAGGGACAUGGCUGAGAGAGGGCACAGCCUUGAAAGCAUUAAAGCCAGUAUUGAAUCCAGGAAACCCGAUUUCGAUGCCUAUAUCGAUCCUCAGAAGCAAUAUGCUGAUGCGGUGAUUGAAGUGCUGCCGACUGAGCUCAUUCCAGACGACAACGAAGGGAAGGUUUUGAGAGUUAGGUUGAUAAUGAAAGAAGGGGUAAGGCAUUUCAGUCCAGUUUACCUGUUCGAUGAAGGUUCAACCAUCUCAUGGAUACCCUGUGGAAGGAAGCUAACUUGCUCUUACCCUGGCAUCAAAUUCCACUAUGGCCCCGACACUUACUUCGGCAAGGAGGUCUCUAUUCUGGAGAUGGACGGGCAAUUUGACAGAUUAGAUGAACUUAUUUAUGUUGAAAGCCAUUUGAGCAAACUCUCUACCAAGUUCUAUGGAGAAGUUACCCAGCAAAUGUUGAAGCAUGCUGAUUUCCCUGGAAGUAACAACGGAACUGGCCUCUUCCAAACCAUUGUCGGGUUGAAGAUAAGAGAUCUCUACGAGCAAAUUACGUCCAGCAAAACUGCAGCUCCACUAGAAGCAACCAAAGCCUGAGAUUGCAUACAUUGGACUAGACCUUGGGUUCAAAACAAAUUAUCCUCUUUCAAUCUUCUUUCGAGUGUUGGACUGCUGUUGCUAUCAUAAGAAUUGAGUAUGAUCUUAUGUAUUUAUUUUCUGUUGUAAAUCAGUUUAGAUCUGUGAUAUAGAGAAAUAAAAUGAGGGGUGAAUUUCAACUUAAAAAGUUCAUAUAAGACGAGCACUUUUGACAUCAUUUCUCCUCUUCUAUUCCCCCUACUGCAGUUUGUAGCCAUUUAUGAUGUUAUGAAUUUUGGAUUUUUACUCGAAAUGAGAGGAUUUGGAUAUGGAAUUGUGGUCA